AUGCCUCGCCAAGGAGACGGGUCAGCGGACAACGCUGUCGAUGCCGGUCACAACAUCAUCCACGGCGCCGGUCAAGAACAGUCCACUCGUGUCAGCCGCGCAGACAAGACGGCGCCCAUGCCCGAGCCCUCAAAGGGAGCCGGGCUCGAGCAGGCACCCGCUAGCGGAGGGACGAGCAAGGGGAAGGACCAGGGUGGCAGGGGUUCGACGAACUGA